GAAAAAAAUAAUACUUAUCUCAAGAGAAACAUUAAAACAAAGGCCAUUUUGGCAGAAUAAUGUUAUUUUUACAUUACUUUUGGUGUGUUGCUUAUGCACAUCUCGUUUAGGUUGUCAUAAAUCGGGAUUUUAAAUCGUAAAAUUGUGGAAGAUGGGGGCUUAAAUCAGUCACAUGACUGAGUUCUGUACUCCAGCGACCAAUCAGAUUACAGAGAGUAGCCAUCCCUGGUUUGUUGUUUUCUCGACUCAGUUGUCUUCUUCGCUGAUCGCAUUUAAAACCUUAAAACUUUAAGAAAGGAACCUCAAUGUUAAUUUACAGUCUUAGCUGUAUUUUGGCUGAUGUUUUGGAACAGUUCUAAAGUUGGCGGUUGCUAUGGCUACCAAGGGAAGUGACGAGUGCGGCUGUUGUCGGGACACGUGACUGGUGCUGCACUGAUCUGUUUUGACAAGCGGCUGGGAGGGAAGUGAGGAGGGGAGGCAGGCUGAAGCAUCACGACCACUGGGACUGGCUGUUCCUUUAAUCUGCAUUUCGCCUGAAUAAUGCCAGUAUCGAACUCGUUUAGUCGGUGCGGUGGCCAGUCUUUGCCUCACACCGACAGUUAGCCGCGUUAGGCGCAGAGAAAGAAACGCUCGUGGAGGAGAAGAAGAAGAGAGAGUCGGAUUGUUUUGUUGUCGCUUUGAGAAAAGUUUUAAUGAAUAACAUAAAACGAAGUCGGCACAGGUUGCUUGCUGAGUCAAAUGGCGCCGCCUGACGCUUUGUGGGUGUUUAAAAAAGCGGAUUGACUCUGCUUGACAUCGUUUUGAGAGAACAUUAUUAUCGCUGACGAUGACGACGAUGUCCUCGUCGUAGCCAAAACAAACAAAUAAAAGCCUCAGCGACCGUCUGCAGCUGAGCUCUGCUACGCCGUGAGUUGGGAUGUUGUCGGGGAACUGGGUUGCCAGUUGACGGUCCAGUGAGUGACGGGAAGGUUAGUUGGUCGAGUUAGCUCUGCUGAGUUAGCACGCUCCGGUCCGGAUACAGACAUGAAUCGCGGCUCCGCUUUGAUCCGGGUGCUGGAAUUCGAGACGAGCCGCAAGAGUGUUCAACCUGCUAGUUAGAUUGCCGGUAAACGGAUUGGUUUCUGUCUCGCAAGCAACCGAGUUGCCCGGUUAGGCAUUCGCCGUCAGCUGUCUUUGUGUACGUCCGUUGGACAAUAACAGUGAGAGUAGAUGGACGCGGACAGGAGCAUGUUAACAAAGCAACGCUUUGUUGUUGGGUAGGAGCAGCUGGCACCAACACGCAGCUGAUACUGUUGCUCAGCUAAUACAGCAGGUCACCGUCACACAGAGGCUUCGGGCGCCCAGACACCGCCGUGUUGUUGUCACGACUCGGUGUCAGAGACAGAGAAGCUCCUGGAGGAGAUCCGGAAGACUGCCAGAUGACACGGGACAACAUGAAGCCCGAGCGAGAUGCAACAGAGGAGUUUUUCGAGUACGAUGCAGAGGAGUUCCUGGUGUUUCUGACCUUGCUCAUCACAGAGGGAAGGACACCAGAAUACUCUGUAAAGGGCAGGACUGAGGGUCUGCACUGUCCGCCAGCCCAGUCAGCCAUGCCGCCUCUUCACAAGCAUGAAUGCAGCGACAAAUUGCCCCAGUGUCGUCAAGCAAGGCGAACACGUUCUGAGGUGAUCCUGCUGUGGAGGAACAACAUCCCCAUCAUGAUCGAGGUCAUGCUGCUGCCAGACUGUUGCUAUGGCGAUGAGUGCCCCCCAAGCGACCCCAUCAGUGACCCAGUCAUCAAACAAGAUGCUCUGCUGUUGGAGAGAUGGACCUUACAACCGGUUCCAAGACAGAGUGGUGAUCGUUUCAUCGAGGAGAAAACCCUGCUAUUGGCUGUUCGCUCCUACGUCUUCUUUUCCCAGCUCAGCGCUUGGCUCAGUGCCUCCCAUGGCAUCGUCCCCAGAAACAUCCUGUAUAGGAUCAGUGCCGCUGAAGAGGAUUUGGUGUGGCAGUUCACUCAGUCCCCAUCCGAACACAUUUUCCCCGUUCCCAACGUGUCCCACAACGUCGCGCUGCAAGUUCGUGUCCAGUCACUUCCCAGACAACCCACCUACCCCAAACUGGCCUGCAGCAUCCACGCCAACCUGCCUUCCCUUUACAGCAAGACCCCCAGCUUGAGCCCUAACUUCAACAGCCGUGGGGGCCUGCCCUCUCUCCGAAAGAGCCUGGACCCCAGCAAAGAGAACCCCCACCACAAUUCUAAUCUGUAUAGUAAGAGCUCCACCUCCAUGUCUGGCCUUCUCCACAGUGGUGUACCUAUUCCUAACCUUCCCAUCAACAGCAUCCCUAUAAACAGCCCCUCCCACAGGGCUGUGCCGCAUCCUUACAGCAAGAAAGCCCAGGAUCCUGGUGAAAGCCACGCAUAUCAGAACGGCGAGCUUCCACAUGUCAGCGCCCCCCCACGUCAGGGUUCGCCACUGUUCCACAGACCCUCUCGCCCACAGACACCCUCACACUCCCCCACCCCGCUUCCAACAACUAAAGCAGGAAAGUGGUUGUACUCUGCCUUCAAUGGUAUUUCUGACCCAGCACAAGUCGAGGACUAUGGUUCUGGUACCAACCUUGGAGAAAAGACGACAGGUUCCAUCCCUGAUGCCCUCAGAGCUUUUAAAAAUUUGUCCGUGACCGAGCCGCCCCGCUGCCCCUCCCCGAGGCCAGCUGCGACUGAGACAAACCCUCUGAUAGGCUCCCUGCUGCAGGAGAGACAGGAAGUGAUUGCCCGCAUCGCGCAGAGGCUUAACUUCUGUGAUCCAACUGCACCACCUCUCCCACCUGGCCUGUUUACCUCCGAUAACCCUCCCAAAUCCACGUGGGGCGGCAACUAUGACAACAUUGCUGCCGGGAAGACCAAAGAGCCUGAGGGCCCGCCCUACGAGUUUGUUGGACAUGUGCGGCCCUCACCUUUCAACACACCUGUGACUGAAACAUUUGCCAAACGAGAAAGCUUGUCCCCUAAACCAGCAGCCUGCAGGAAGCUGAAGAUGACAGAGACGAGAGACCGAGAGGAGGAGAGAAAUGGAGAGAAGGAGAGGACCAGACUGAAAGAGAAGAAGGAAAGGGACAGAGACAGCUCCCUCAUUGCACAGGCAGUGCAAGACAUUACCAGGCUCAUCCAGGAGAGGCUGUCUGUCCCAUCUCUGUCCCCUGGGAACAGCAGAAGCGGCAGCCCUCUGCACCAGAUGCACACAACCACAGUCACACACACAGUCCGCACAUACUCCCACCCCACACACAGCCCACCUGCAUCACACACUGCCAGCAACGGCUACACAAACGGCCACAUAUCUAGCCACGAACUUCAAAGAGGCGGCACGCACAACGCCGCCUCAAAUGCGCCUAUUUGCACAGAUAAGCCCCAAGUCGGACCCGGGACCGAAUACAAUUCAGCCCAGGCCCACAAUGGUGCUCAGUUUACACUUGAAGAAGCCUCACUCUGCAGCCAGUCCCACACCAAGGCUGGUCAAUGUUUACGUGCUUCCCCUCCGGAAAAACUCAGAAUCAGGACAGCCAGCAGCCAUGAAACCCCCCCUGCCUCCCCUGUGCUGGAGGAACGCCCACGCCAUGCCCAGAUGUUUAGCAGGAAUCACAAAGACACCAGCCCAGCCAUAAACUGUAACGGAAGCCACGACCACACCAAGCCUCAGUCCCAGACACAGAACUGUGAGGAAGCCCAAGCUUCUGCCUUCCACGAUGAGAACCGGGCCCCGCUGGAUCCUGGGUACUCCCGGACGUCCAGCCCAGCCAUGACCCCACCUGCUACCCCCCACCCUCACACCUCAUCCCCUCUGCGUCCCUGCAACAGCUGGAAGAAGCAGAACCGCCACUCAUUAGACGCCACAGCAACCAAGGCGUUCCACCCUUACACCGGCCUUCCGCUGCUCUCCAGCCCCGUUCCUCAAAGGAAAAAUCAAACAGGUUAUUUUGACCUGGACAUCUCUCAGAAUGGCUGCAAGGGUUUGCCUUGGGCUUCUGGGAAAAGGGUGUGUCUGAAGAGCGAAGGCUGUACAGAUGAGUCACAGCAGCUGUUCAGCAUCAGCGCUCCACCUGCCAGUCUUAGCUUGCUGGGAAACUUUGAGGAGUGCGUGCUGAACUACCGUCUCGAGCCUUUAGGAACAGUGGAAGGUUUCACAGCAGAGGUUGGAGCCAGUGGGUCCUUCUGCCCCAGCCACCUGACCCUGCCUGUGGACGUGUCCUUCUACAGCGUCUCUGAUGACAAUGCCCCCUCCCCGUAUAUGGGUGUGAUAAAUCUGGAGUCCCUGGGAAAAAGGGGCUACCGUGUACCUCCAUCAGGAACCAUUCAAGUGACCUUAUUUAACCCUAACAAGACGGUGGUAAAGAUGUUUGUGGUGAUGUACGAUUUACGAGCCAUGCCAGCUGGCCACCAGACCUUCCUGCGCCAGAGAACUUUUUCGGUUCCAGUCCGCCGCGACCCAAACAACCCGACAAGCAAGAGGGCCCUCACCCUGGGCCAAGGGCGCACCCUACGCUACCUUGUUCAUCUGAGGUUUCAGAGCUCUAAGUCUGGAAAGAUCUACCUCCAUCGGGACAUCCGUCUGCUGUUUUCCAGGAAGUCCAUGGAGGUGGACAGCGGUGCUGCCUACGAACUUCAAUCCUUCACAGAGACCCCCAUGGACCCGCCAUUCUCAUCUCGCUGUUGAAGUCCAACGCCUUCCCUCCCUCCUCCACCAUUGCGAAAGCUUCAGUCGCCCCUCAAAACCAGCGACAGACUCUUCUUCAGCCCAUCAGAUUGUGGCUUUUGUUGAAAAGAGACGAGGUUCAAGGACUACAGUCAAAAACCCCUUCCUUACCUGUUUGUAGAAACUUCAGCCAUCAGCUCUGUCACCUAGAACUGAGAAAAAGGGGUCAGCUAAGAGCCAGAGAGACUUGUGAGAUGUGAGCCUUGUUCUCUUUUAACAAGGCUUUAGAUCAAUUCUGGGACUGGGUAAAAGAAUGCAAAUAAGUUCAAAUGUUUGUGAACCCCGUCAAGAUUUUCUUACCAAAUUAUAAAGCUUUUUUUCUUUUUCUUUCUAUUUUUCUUUCUGUUGUGUGUUUCCCCAAUAAUCUCUGGUGUGAGAGUAGAGACCAGCCACCUGUCAUCAACUAAAAUCUAUACAAAGGAAUUGCUUUUAUUUAGCUUUGUUGGCCAAAAUGACAAUGACAAUUGGACCUAAUAAUUGUCAAAUUUCUAUUAAUUUCUGCAUGAUUUAAUUCAUUGCCCUUAGUGUUUUUUUGUGUGGAGGUAAUGACUUCAGAUUUCUUUGAACGGGGGAGAUUUGGUUUUCCUGCAUAUUAGAUUGACGGGCUGAAAGUAAACUCUGUUGCCUGACCCCAAAAAUUCGCUUAGGUGGGAGUCAAGGGGGCACGUGAAAAAGGGGAGCCGGGUGCAGGCUGUGGCAUGACCCAUGCCUUGGACCACUAAAGAAGUUGAACAAGCAAUCACUGUAGAUUCACACAAAAGCAUCAAAGCAUCAGAAGUGCACUGUGGAUCCUUUUUUUCCAUUCUAACUGGAACUGAAACAAAAAAAUAGUCAUAUUCUAAUACUUUUGUACUGUUACAAAACCACUUUAUUGGAAGUGUUGCAAUAGAAAGUGUAACAAUAGUUUAUGGUUUACACAUUCAUUCUGUUUACUUACCAUAAGUUUAUUUAAUAUUUAAAAUAAUAUUUCAGUUACUUCUUGUGACGUCUGUCAUGCUAAGAAGAUGUAGUGCAAACUGUAUAUCAUAGUAUGUAUUUUUGACAUCAAUAUUCGAAUCUUAAAAAAUAUAUCUAUAUAUCUUCUAAAGCAAUCUUGAAAAUCUG